UAAAAAGCCAAACCCUUUACCUCAACUUACACAGGGCUCCGCAAAAUCCGGCCCUGACCUGCCUCUUCUUGUUCCUUACUCCUCGCCAGGGACAUGGCCUUCUCAUUCCUCAUACACUCCCAGCAUUUGGCUUCUUUCUCUGCACUUGUUCCUCCUUCUCUGUGCAGCCGUGUCUACCUCAUCCCUUCAUCUCGUGGCUUACAGGCCUUCUCUGGCAUGGUGCUCAGAUUUAUCCUCCACAGAAAGACCUUCCUUGUGUGAAAAGCUAACAUGCCCCUUUAUUAUUCUCUGUCCCCUUGCCAUCAUUUAUUUUUUUUCAAGAGCUGUGUUGAUGAGUUUCUAAGGCUGCUAUAACAUUUUACCGCAAAUUGGGCGACUUCAAAUAGCCGAUAUUUAUUCUCUCUCAGUUCUGGUGGCCCAGAGUCUGAAAACAAGGUGAAAUCAAGGUGUGGGCAGGGUUCGUUCUUUCCAGAGGCUCUGAGGGAGAAUUUGUUGCAGGUCUCUCCUAGCUUGCAGUGCUUCCUGGCACUCUUUGGUAUUCUUGGCUUACAACUGCAGCAUCCCAGUCUCUGCCUCCCAUCUUCACAUGGUGUUUUCCCUCUGUGUGUGUUUCCCUCUGUCCACAUUUCCCUCUUAGAAAGACACCCAUCAUUGGAAGAGGGCUCACCCUGAUUCACUAUGACCUCAUCUUAAUUUGGUUACAUCUGCAGCAAAGAUUUUAUUUCCAAAUAAGGAAGGUCAUCACAUUCACAGAAUUUGCUGGUAUAACUAGUUCUAAUGGCUGGGAACAAAGGACGCGGACGUGCAGCUUACACCUUUAAUAUUGAGGCAGUUGGAUUUGGCAGAGGUGAAAAACUACCUGAUGUAGUCCUGAAACCACCCCCACUAUUUCCUGAUACAGAUUAUAAACCGGUGCCACUGAAAGCAGGAGAGGGCGAAGAAUACAUGCUGGCAUUGAAACAGGAGUUGAGAGAAACUAUGAAAAGGAUGCCUUAUUAUUUAGAAACACCUGAAGAAAAACAAGAUAUUGAAAGAUACAGUAAAAGAUAUAUGAAGGUGUACAAAGAGGAGUGGAUACCAGAUUGGAGAAGACUCCCAAGAGAAAUGAUGCCAAGGAAAAAGUGCAAAAAAGCAGGCCCCAAAUCCCAAAAAGCAAAGGCUACGGGCAAAGGCGCGUCACUCACUAAUACUGCAGAUGUAUUGAAAAAAAUCGAGGAAUUGGAAAAGAGAGGUGAUGGUGAAAAAUCAGAUGAGGAAAAUGAAGAGAAAGAAGGAAGCAAAGAGAAAAAUAAAGAAGGCGAUGAUGAUGAGGAUGAUGAUGCUGCAGAACAAGAGGAGUAUGAUGAAGAAGAGCAAGAAGAGGAAAAUGACUACAUUAAUUCAUACUUUGAAGAUGGAGAUGAUUUUGGUGCAGACAGUGAUGACAACAUGGAUGAAGCAACCUAUUAGCUAUGGAAUGUCUCCAAAAAUAUCUUUAUGAUAUAGCUUCUAAAUAUUUGGACAGACUUGUUUUCUAUUUCCGAUAAGGAAUGAGUAUUGUAUUUUUGUUCCUGUUUUGUUAGACAAAUAUUUGCUGUCAAAAUACUCGGAACCACAUUGAGUUUACAUACUAGGUACCUUACCAGUUAGUCUCUGAUGCUCUGACAUUCCUUCUCAACACCCUGUCAUGCCUCUUAUGUGUUCAAGUGGAUUUUUUUUUUUUGUAUUAUUCAGAUUUGAAUGUGCCUAGAGUUUUUGCAUCUUUUAAUCUAUGUAUUCAUACUUGAACAAAUUAUUCUUGUUUAACUUGAUCUGUUGUGAAACUAGUACUGGUCAUCAUAGUGGAUUUCUGUAAUCUGAACAUUGAUUAAUACUGCACAAGGAGCACUUUAAAAACAAAGAAACUUGAAAAUAAUUUUAUCUUUUACUUUUACAUGGUAUGUUCUGUGCUACGACUACAUAAACCUAUCGGAGUUCACAACGGUGUAAUUUAUGAGAUUGGAAGUUUUGUGAUCAAAAACAUACACGCUGGGGAAAAUGCCAGAUUUUUGAGGUGUAGUGGCUGCUGUUAAAUUUCAUAGGACUUCUAGUUACCCAAGUGAUUUAUAUCGCAGUGCAGAAUAAAACUCAGGUCAUUUUAAAAUCAAGAUCAAUCUUUUUUGUUUAUUAAAAACUAGCUCCCCUGCUUUUUUUCUAUUUUGGCAGGGAAAAUACCUAAAAACCCUCAGCCUCCAAAGACACACAAAUGCCAAAGAUUUUCAAGGGAAUUCAUAUUAUGUAUUUUUAGAUGAUUGUUACCUACCAAAAGGAAUAAAUUUUCUCUUUAGGGAAGGUAUUACCUAUUACCCUGUAACCUUGAGAAUCACAGCCAAAUUCUAUUUCUGCCUUUACCAUUAGACUCAGUCUUGAAAAUGAGCUUGGUUUUCUGUGCCUUAGUUUCUCCACCUGUAAACUAUUUCCUACAAAAAUUGCUUAAACACCAACCAAAAUUUGCUGUAUGUAUUCAUUCAUACCUUAUAGAAAUGAUCACUUAAUUUUAAUUUGGCCAUCACCCUCUAAAAAAUUGUAGGUUGGUAAGUGAUUUAAAAGUUUUAAAAAUCAAACUUAUUUUCCUCAAAAAAUAUAUUAUAAUCUGAUUUUCCCAUCGUGUAUUCUGGAGGGGAAGAUUGGAGAAAAUGUAUAUUGUGCCAUUUUGUAAUGUGACUUUCUCAGGAAAAAGAUCACUUUCAAUUUUAAUACCUCCUCAGUUAAUUCAAGAUGCGUGUGAAGACCAUAGUUCAGUGCUGUGUUGAUCAUAUGUGAAUUAUUGAAAUAAGCUUCUGGGAAAUUGUAAACAUUCUAAAUGGAAAACAGGAAUAAAAAAGUCCACAUUAAAACAACAAUCUACUGGACUUAGAAGGUCAUAAAGUUUCCAGUUGUAAUGGGCAAAUAGUCACUUAGGAUUAUUAAUUAAAACAUUGAUGUUUUAGGGGCACCUGGGUGGCUUAUUCAUUUAAGCAUUGACUCUUGAUUUCAGCUCAAGUCAUGAUCUUACAGUCGUGAGAUGGAGCCCCACGCUGGGCUCUGCACUGAGUGUGGGAUUCUCUCCCUCCCUCUCCCUUUGCUCCUGACCCACUUGUGUGUGCUUGCACACAUGCGCUCUCUCAAAAAAUAAAAAUUUAAAAAAUAUUGUUUCAUUCUCUCACUUCCUUAGUACCUUAGCCAAAUACCACUUAAUUUAUAGAAAUCUGAUCUCAAUGGUUCUAUUUACUUGCUUUAUUAUAAAUCUGCAGAUAACUUUGUGAAUUGAGCAAAUGCACUGAAGUAUUUUUCCUAGCUUUCAAUUUGCCUCCACAAUUUUAGUCCAGCAGAUGGUAAGACAGCCCUUUUAGGUAAGGAUUAGCUCCAGGAGGCUCCAGCCAUCUGCCUUAAGUGCAUUGUCUUCCCCCCUUGGAAGAUCUUUGUGGAAGUUUAAGGUUGACCAACCAUGAGAACAGAUAGGUAGUAUUUGCAGGCUGCUUUACCAGCAUGAGUCUUGUUUUUCUGGCUUAAAUUCUCAGGGACUGUGAAGUUAGGUAUUCCAUAAGAAGGUAAACUUUAAUGCAAAGAUAGCCUCCUAUAUAUAAAAAAGUACUUGAAGUGUCUUUAAAUUUGCUAUAUUAACAGGCAUACCUUUUUGCUACAAUGCUUAUUUUUUGUUUACACAUUAAAUUCUUACAAAACAAAAUUGUGUCCUUUUGU